AUGCCUCACGUUCCCGCUUCAGCUUCAGCUGACAGCCAAGACGAUGCGCCUGAGCUCGUUUUCCCGCCAGUCACUAAAGAUCACAUCCAAAAUUGCUCCUACGACUCCUGGUUUCCUAAAUACCGAAGCUCGUGUCUCAAAUCUCGCAUAAUACCACUGCCACCUUCAUUCGUCGAGUAUCUCCAUGAAGACGGUAUAGUUCUUGCAGAUGAUGAUGAGAAUCAAGACGAGCCUGAAGAAGAAUGGCAUGCAUCAUCCAAUACAUCUGCAAAGCCCCAAGUUAGGGAUCCUGAUUCGUCAGAUGAUGAGGAAGACGAACCUGAAAGGCUCCCUCCUAACCAGAGGUUCCCGGAGACACACACUCUCAUUAAAGAGAAGAUUGCAGAAUUAGGUGGCUCAGUUGCGCCCAAGUUGAACUGGUCUUCACCAAAGGAUGCCAAGUGGAUUUCGCCUCAUCAAAACACACUCAAGUGCACGACUCCAAACGACAUCUACCUACUCCUCAAGUCAUCUUCUUUUGUUUCUCACGAUCUCGAUCACGCCUUCGACGACUGCACUCCAAGACCUCCGACCAAGCCAUAUGCGCCCGUUCUUGUUCUGAGACCAUUCUUCACUCCCCAUGUGGCCCUCGAAUUUCGAUGCUUCGUCAAGCACAGAAGUCUCAUUGGUAUCACACAGCGAGAUCUCAAUCAUUAUGAUUUCUUGGAGCAGAUUCGACCUCAGCUGUGGCGUAAGAUCAAGACAUUCUUCCGAGAGAAACUGAGGUUCACAUUUCCUGACGCCAGCUUCGUUUUUGAUGUAUAUAUUCCAGAGAACUCCUUUGAGAAAGAUGGACUUGGAAGAGUCAGGUUAAUGGAUAUUAACCCAUGGGCUCCUCGAACAGACAGUCUCCUUUUUGGCUGGCAAGAGCUGCUUGAGAUGGAUGUUAAGAACCCCCUCUAUGGAACCUCAAGUAAUGAGGCUGGUGCGGAUGUCAGCGGUGAAGACACAGUCACAGAAGGUGAGGAGGAGGAGGAUGACGAUAUUGAGUAUCGCCCUGAAAUGAGUCCCGAAUUCAGGAUAAUAGAAAAGGAUGACCCAGCUGCAUACAACUUUAGUAGCCCACAAUACUCAGCGCACAAGCUACCAAAAGAGGUAGUGGAUGCAAGCAUGGGUGGCCAGGGAGGGUUGAUGGAGUUUGCGAUGCAGUGGAAGGAGAUUACCGAAGGACGGGGAGAUGGAAUUUGGGAACAGGCAGCUGGUGCUAGGCAAUAG